GUUACCUUUCUGCUUUCUCCUACUAUUAAAGUAUAAAUACUCCUAUGAAAAUAAUAAAUUGGUAUGAGAUUGAAGAUAAGGAUGAAAUCAUCAAUCAAAAUAGCGAAAUAGUGAUAGUGUUUCCUACGUUUCUGCAAAUUCUGUAUUACUAUUUUGCUUACAAUUGCUCACAUUACAAAAGCUUCUCGAUUUUCUGGGUUUCAACUGAGGUUUUCUGGAAUUUUGCAUGUUAUUUCCCAACGAUUGAAAAACAGAAAUAAUUUCUGGAUUUUCGAGUCCAAUAUUUUCAAUUUUUGUGAUCAAAAUCAAGAUCAAGAGCAAUUUUAUAUCAAAAAACAGAUCAAGAGUUUGAAUCGGCUUUUUUGCAUAGGUCACGUUUACAAACACUAUGCAUGGAAAUGGAGUUAUUGGAAUUCUUUCGGAGACUUGUAACAAGUGGGAAAGACGAGCACCUUUAACACCAGCUCAUUGUGCUCGCCUUCUACAUAGUGGAAAAGGUAAACCUAAUGUCACUCGGAUAAUCGUUCAGCCAUCUACCAAGAGAAUUUAUCAUGAUGCACUGUAUGAAGAGGUUGGCUGUGAGGUAUCUGAUGACCUGUCUGAAUGUGGUCUUAUUGUGGGUGUUAAGCAACCAAAGCUAGAGAAUAUCCUUCCUGAGAGAGCCUAUGCUUUCUUCUCACAUACCCACAAAGCACAGAAAGAAAACAUGCCAUUGCUUGACAAGAUUCUUGCAGAAAGGGCAACCUUGUAUGACUAUGAGCUCAUAGUCGGAGACAAUGGGAAAAGGCUGCUGGCGUUUGGAAAUUUUGCUGGCAGAGCUGGAAUGGUUGACUUUAUGCAUGGUUUAGGACAACGUUAUCUUAGUUUUGGGUAUUCAACGCCCUUCCUCUCCUUGGGUUCAUCUUACAUGUAUCCCUCUUUGGCUUCUGCAAAGGCAGCUGUCAUAUCUGUGGGUGAAGAGAUUGCUACAAUAGGACUGCCAUCUGGGAUCUGUCCUCUUGUUUUUGUCUUUACUGGAAAUGGAAAUGUUUCACAAGGUGCACAAGAGAUCUUCAAGCUUCUUCCUCAUACCUUUGUGGAUCCUAGCAGACUUCCGGAGCUAUUUGAAACGGUAGGAUGCCAAAAUCGAAGUUCUCGGGUUUCGAAGAGAAUCUUCAAAGUAUAUGGCUGUGUUGUAACGAGUAAAGAUAUGGUUGAACCCAAAGAUUCUAAUAGAACUUUCAACAAAGAGGACUACUACUCACAUCCAGAGCAUUAUUCUCCAAUUUUUCAUGAAAGAAUUGCUCCAUUUGCUUCUGUUAUUGUCAAUUGCAUGUAUUGGGAGCCAAGAUUCCCUAGGCUGUUGACUAACCAGCAACUUCAAGAUGUAAUUAACAAAAGGUGUCCUCUUAUUGGUAUUGCCGAUAUAACAUGUGAUCUAGGAGGAUCCAUUGAGUUUGUCAACCAAUCCACCACAAUUGACUCGCCCUUCUUUAGAUAUGAUCCACUGAUAGACUCGUACCAUUAUGACAUGGAGGGUAGUGGUGUGAUUUGCUCAGCUGUUGACAUCCUUCCUACUGAAUUUGCCAAAGAGGCCUCUCAACAUUUUGGAAACAUUUUGUAUCAAUUUAUGGGUCACUUGGCAUCCACUAAAGAUUUUGAGGAAUUGCCACCACACCUGAAACAAGCCUGUAUAGUUCAUCAGGGAGCAAUUACAUCACUGUAUGAGUAUAUUCCUCGUAUGCGGGAAUCUGCUUCAGAUGUGUUAUCUCAAAAUUUGCCAGAUUCUCAUCCUAACAAGAAAACACACACACUACUGGUAUCUUUGAGUGGUCAUCUGUUUGACGACUUUUUGAUAAAUGAGGCUUUGGAUAAAAUAGAAGCUGCGGGUGGCUCCUUCCGCUUAGUGAAAUGUCAUGUUGGCCAGAGUACUGAUGCCAUGUCAUACUCAGAACUUGAAGUUGGAGCAGAUGAUAGAUCAGUCUUGGACCAAAUUAUUGAUUCUUUAACAUCUCUUGCCACUAAGAAGGAAGCACAUGGGAUUAAUAAAAUUGCACUCACUGUUGGCAAGAUCCAUGAGAAUGGUUUUGAAAGUAUAGAUGAGACACGAAGAAAACCAACUGUACUAAUACUUGGUGCUGGACGUGUAUGCCGGCCAGCUGCUGAGCUUUUAGUGUCAUUUAAAAGUCUUUCAUUUGGCCCAUUGUUUGAGAACUGCAUGGAUGUGAAUUUUGCUGUGCCAGAUGAUAUACAAGUGAUUGUUGCAUCUCUGUAUCUAAAAGAUGCAGAAGAGGUCAUCCAAGAUAUUCCGAAUGCAACUGCUGUGCAGCUUGAUGUGUCGGACAAAGAAAGUCUGCACAAUUAUGUUUCGCAGGCCGAAGUCGUUAUUAGUCUACUUCCUCCUAGUUGCCAUGCUGCAAUAGCAAUGGCAUGUAUUGAGCAUAGGAAGAAUCUGGUUACUGCUAGCUAUGUUGAUGGCUCCUUGUCAACGAUGGACCAAAAUGCAAAGAAAGCUGGCAUAACAGUCCUUGGAGAGAUGGGCCUUGAUCCUGGAAUAGAUCACAUGAUGGCAAUGAAAAUGAUCAAUGAUGCACAUGCCAAAGGGGGCAGAGUUUGUUCUUUCACUUCUUAUUGUGGGGGCCUUCCAUCUCCAGCUGCAGCAAACAAUCCAUUAGCUUAUAAAUUCAGUUGGAACCCUGCUGGUGCGUUAAGAGCUGGGCGUAAUCCUGCUACCUAUAGAUCUCAUGGAGAAGUUAUACAAGUUAGUGGAGAUGAUCUUUAUGAUUCGGCUGUGAGAUUCCGGCUACCAUACUUUCCAGCAUUUGCACUUGAAGUACUCCCGAACCGUGAUUCUCUGGUUUAUGGAGACAUCUAUAAAAUUGGAGAUGAAGCAUCAACAAUCUUCCGAGGAACUCUUCGUUAUGAAGGUUUUGGUGAAAUAAUGGGAACAUUAGCAAGGACUGGUUUCUUUCACACUGAAGCCCAAGCAAUUCUUAAAAGAUCCCAGAGUCCUUCAUUUAAAACGUUCACACUUAGCCUUCUUGGUAUCGAGAAAGAGACUUUAUCCGGAUCUAUGAAUGAAGAGGUUGGUAUUGCAGAAAGGAUCAUAUCACUCGGACAUUGCAAACAGCAAGCAGUUGCCAUGAAGACUGCAAGGACAAUUUUAUUCCUGGGACUGCUUGAGGAAACUUUAAUACCAUCUACAUGCAAGAACGCAUUUGAUGUAACGUGUCUUCGCAUGGAAGAAAAGCUUGCUUAUUCUAAUAUGGAACAGGAUAUGGUCCUUCUUUAUCAUGAAAUAGAGGUAGAAUACCCAAAAUCUCAAGAAAGAGAGAUACAUCAGGCAACACUCUUGGAACUUGGAAAGACGGAAAAAGGAAGAACUACAUCCGCCAUGGCGCUGACUGUUGGAAUUCCUGCAGCGAUUGGAGCCCUGCUCUUGCUAGCGAACAAGAUCAAGACCAGAGGAAUUUUGAGGCCAAUUGAACCAGAAGUUUAUGUUCCAGCUCAAGGAAAACAAGCAGCUUCACAAAAUUUUAUUUGGUUGCAGCGCUCGAUAUAAUACAAGCAUAUGGCAUCAACUUAUUGGAGAAGAUGGAAUGAGUCAACAUUCUUGAAGUAUCAUCCUCCAGAGUACAGAUUUACUAAUUAUGUACAACAUAAUCUCAAUCAGUAUACGGAUACAUGGUUUCAAAAACCAUAUAAGAAAGCGUAGCCGAUGAAUCAUGCCCAGGUCUUUAAACAAAGCUACUUACCAGUUCUGUGAACAAUAGUUUAUUUUGAUACUUAAAAAUCAUAUUUUCCUGUAAUGACCUGAAGGAUGAAGAGGCGUGAAUAACAAUAGAACAUUGCCUACUUUAAUACAGGGUAGUAAUUAAGUGUACAAAAUCUUAAUUGAAGAUUUCAUUAUGCUACUAUAUUGUACACUCGAUUGCCUUACAGUUGUAUAAACCCGACUUUAAUACAAAGUUGUAAUAAAGUUGAGCUCGAGUGAACUGCUUGUCUCGACUCGUACAUUUAUAAACUCUGAUUGCCAUUUUAACAAA